UUUGCAUCUGUAACAAUGUCUUCAAGUUAUUUCUAUGGGACAUAUUAUUAGAACCAACUUCCAUUAGCACCAACUCCCAUUAGCCUUCUCCUCAUGUAUGCAGAUUUAAAAAAUGGCUUCUUCUUCUAACAUUAGCGACAUGAGAUUGGUACCGAGGCUGUGCAAUUGUGGAAGAACAGCUGCUAUACAUAUUGUAAGAACCAACGAGAACGGAAAUGAAGGGCGUUUGUACUUUGUUUGCCCAUCGAAAUAUAGUAACCCUCCCACUCAUCAUUGCAAUUACUUCAAGUUCGUGUCUGAAGAUGAUGAAGACGUUACGUCCAGAAUCCGUUCCAACAGUACAGCUGCUGCUGGUAUAACAAUAAAAGACUUGAACGAUGUAAGGAUGAGGCUUCAUGACAUGGAAAAUGACUAUGGUCGAAGGCUGCAAAUGAUGGAAAAUAAUAUGAAAAAGAUGGUGUACUUCAUUGUAUUUUGUAUCAUUUUGUACUUUAUGAUGUAACUUUUCGACUUUAUUGUAUUUUUGGGGAACU